GGCGGGGCAUGGCUCUGAGCGCGAAACAUGGCCGGGCUGGGUGCUGGCAGCGGCGGCGGCGGCGGCGGCUACGAAGAUGAGGGCGACGACAGCGUGUUCAAGGCGGCCGUGGAGGUCUUCGCGAAGCUGAAGGACCUCAACUGCCCCUUCCUCGAGGGUCUUUAUAUCACAGAACCAAAAACCGUCCAGGAACUGCUAUGUAGCCCCUCGAAGUACCGCUUGGAAAUCCUGGAGUGGAUGUGCGCACGGGUCUGCCCCUCCUGGCAAGACAGAUUCAGCUCGCUGAAGGGGGCCUCAGCCGAGGUGAAGCUCCAAGAGAUGGUGAAACUGGGCCAUGAGCUGAUGUUGUGUGGACCGGAUGACCAGGAGCUCCUGAAGGACCAGGCCUGUGCUCAGAAGCAGCUGCGCUUCAUGGACCAGCUGUUGGACGUGGUCCGGAGCCUGACUGUCGGAGGCUCCAGCUGCCCCAGUGUGAAGGAGCACUUCGAGAACACCAGGGAGAAGAAUGAGGCACUGCUUGGGGAGCUCUUCUCAAGCCCCUGCCUGCAGAUGCUCCUGAGCCCCGAGUGUGACGCAUGGCCCCUGGACGUGCAGCCCCUUUUUGACAAGCAGAGCAAUGAUUGGCAGAGGGCCAGCGUCUCUGUCGAGUUGGAGGAGGAGAAGGUGGCGGAGCUGGCCAGGCAGCUGCAGGAGAGGGCCUCGAAGCUUCAGGCGCUCAGGGUGGAGUACCUUGCUCAGCUCAAACAAGGAGCCACUGUGAGCAGGGCCGACGCCAGCACCCUGGACCAGAAGCUGCGCCUGGUCACCUCUGACUUCCACCAGCUCAUCAUGGCUUUCCUGCAAGUCUAUGAUGACAAGCUGGGUGAGUGCUGCUGGCGCCCAGGCCCCAGUCUCCACCCAUGCGGCCCCGUGGUCCAGGCCGUGUACCAGACUCUGACCUCGUGCAGCCACCUGUUGAAAGCGGUCAUGGAAGUCACUGACACCUCGGUGAAAGCCACGCAGAUGGCGAAGCAGCAGCAGGACGAGCAGAUCUGUUGGGGCAGCUACAGCUCUGUGAUGAGUCUAGGACACGGGGAAGAUCCCACAUGCCUCGGAGCAACUAAGCCCUUGAGCCACAACUACUGAGCCUGCGCUCUAGAGCCCGUGAGCCACAACUAUUGAGCCCACGUACCACAACUACUGAAGCCGGCGUGCCUAGAGCCUGUGCUCCACAACAAGAGAAGCCACCGCAAUGAGGAGUCCGUGCCACGAAGAGUAGCCCCCACUCACAACAACUAGAGAAAGCCUCUGUGCAGCAACGGAGGCCCAACACAGCCAAUACAUACAUACAUAAAUAAAUAAAUAAAUAAAUAUAUUU